AUGGCUCUUCAUUGGGAAACCCUGGCCCUGCAUGCCGACAACGAGUUGGAUUGGAGCAACGACGUGGCGCCGCCUCUUCACCCGUCAAGCACAUUCAGGUUUCCCUCUGACCCCGACCAACUCGUUCCACUACGACUUCGAAGCGCCGAAGACAAAAGCCAUGUUUAUUCUCGUCUGAGCAACCCCAACACCACUCGCUUCGAAGCAGUCCUCACCUCUCUGCUCAAAGCGCCAUCUUUGACUUAUACAUCGGGUCUAUCAGCCUUGUUGGGCAUACUUGUCUGCCUAAAGCCCCGUCAGAUCUCGAUUGCCAAGGGAUAUCCUGGCUGCCACGGAACGAUUGCACUGAUUAGCGGCCUCAAUGGAAUGAAGAAGAUACCCUUGGACUGCGCAGUAGAAGACCUCGGCGCAGGCGACGUCAUCUUCCUAGAAACUCCCGUCAACCCUACAGGAGUCGCCUUAAAUAUCCAGGAGUAUGCCGACAAAGCACACUCAAGAGGCGCCAUUCUUGUCGUCGAUGCCACCUUCGGCCCUCCUGGACUGCAAGACCCGUUCAAGCACGGCGCGGAUAUUGUUCUACAUUCAGGAACAAAGUAUCUUGGGGGGCAUAGCGACAUUCUUUGCGGCGUCAUUGCAACGAAUAACCAAGAGUGGUUUGCUCAACUGAGAAAGGAGCGAUUCUUCUUGGGUGGCGUGAUGGGGAGUCUCGAGGGCUGGCUCGGUGUUCGCAGCAUGAGGACUCUGCAUCUUCGCGUGAUGCAGCAAAGUGAAUCGGCUACCAAGCUUGUUCAAUGGCUCAACUCGGCCUUGCAAUUCCGUGAGGCCGAUGCUUUGUCGACUAAUUUGGAAGCGCAUAUCAUAAAGGCCGCCCUCUCUAACGUCACUCAUGCGUCUCUCCAGAAGGCCGAUCUGGAGCAAGGAUGGCUUAAGGCUCAGAUGCCGAACGGAUUCGGGCCCGUCUUUUCGAUAUGUAUGACAUCUCGGGAUAUGGCAAGCAAGUUACCGAGCAAGCUGAAGCUUUUUGCUCACUGCACGAGCCUUGGUGGUGUUGAAAGCAUGAUUGAGUGGAGGACGAUGACCGAUCCCGAUGCGGAUCCCACCCUGCUUCGCGUGAGCAUAGGAGUGGAAAGUUGGGAGGAUCUCAAGUCCGACAUUCUACAGGCAUUUGAAGCUGUCCUGGAGAAUAAGAAGAUGGCGCAGUGA